AUGUCCGAAACUGCGGUGGAAGAGAAGCCCCUGGACGUUGCCAUCGUCGGUGGCGGCAUUACCGGCGUCACCCUAGCCCUAGGUCUGCUCCAUCGGGGCAUCAAGUUCAAAAUCUAUGAGAGGGCAGAUAGUCUUCGGGAGAUUGGGGCGGGCAUCGCUUUCACCCCCAACGCAGAACGGGCCAUGCAAAAACUGGACCCGCGCAUUCAUCAGGCAUUCAGGAAAGUCGCGACGCCCAACAUCGAAGACUACUUCGUGUGGGUCGAUGGAUAUCAUUACAACCGAUCAGACCCGGAUAAUACCAAUGAAGAAUUGGUCUCUAAGCUCUAUGUCGGAGAAAGAGGUUUCGAAGGGUGCCGCCGUCAAGAUUUUAUAGAGGAGCUCGUCAAACACAUACCAAAAGAAGAUGUGAAGUACGGAAAGAACCUUGCCUCUGUUACUGACAGAGGAGACGGUGAAAAGAUCGUGCUGGGAUUUCGUGACGGAACGACGGAGGAAGCAGACGUGGUGAUCGGCUGCGAUGGUAUCAGAUCAAAAUUGCGCCGCCUUAUGUUCGGAGAGGACAAUCCAGCCUCGCGUCCAUCCUACACUCACAAGUUCGCCUUUCGCUCCCUGGUCCCUACGAACAAGGCCAGGGAAUUGCUGGGGGACUACAAGGUAGCGACGCGAUUGAUACAUGUAGGGCCCAAUGCCCACGCAAUAACUUUUCCCGUAGCAAUGGGGGCCCUCAUAAACUUGGUGGCCUUCGUUACGGACCCCAAGGAUUGGGCAGCCGAGGACGGCAAGUUCACGGCACGAACCAAUAAGAGCGAGGCCGUCGAGUACUUUGCUGCUUUUGGCCCUGCCGUGCGUGCUAUCAUGAGUCUUCUCCCGGAUGAGCUCGACAAGUGGGCCUUGUUUGACCAGCGAGACCAUCCGGUGCCGACGUACGUGCGGGGCCGUCUCUGCCUUGCCGGUGAUGCCGCGCACGCCUCUUCGCCGCAUCACGGUGCUGGAGCGGGCUCCGGCGUCGAAGACGCGUUGGUGCUGGCGGAGCUGAUAGGCACCAUCAGCGAGGCGGUAGCGCGCGGUACUUGCACUGGCAGCAGAAGAGCCGCGAUGGUACGUGCUGCACUCGAGACGUACAAUGCCGUGCGGUAUGAGCGCACCCAGUGGAUUGUUGAUAGCAGCCGUGUGGCGGGUGAGAUGUUUGAGUGGCAACAUGCGUCCUGUGGUAGCGACCCUGAGAAGUUCGACCGCGAGAUCGCGUGGCGGUCUCACAAGAUCUGGGACUAUGAUGUGGACGAAAUGGUGUGCAAUGCACACAGUCAGUUCUCAAGCUCGUUAGAGGCUUAG